UUUUUAGCGGCAUUUUGUAACAACCCACCUCUUUGAAAAGAGGGAAAUACAAUCAUUUUAAAGCAGUUUGUUUGCUUAUAAUUUUUAAACAACCUAAUUACGAUGCCAAGAGAUAAACUAAGAAAUUUCCACAACCAAUUCAGUGAAGAGGCCGAAGACAUUGUGACGAAGUUUUUCCCUGAGAAGGUUUCUGAACUUGAUAACCUUUUGAAGUCAGGACAGUUCAAUAUAACCCAGAUACCAAAAGUUCAUAGCAAGUCUAUUAUUCCUGUUUCAUUCCCAGUAGUAAAUGACGGAGAAAAAAAUGAUGUUGAAAAGCCAUCUAAAAAGAGAAAGCUCAGUAAUGCUGGUGCUCAAUUGGAACAAAUGGCAGAAUUGGUUGCUGUUGAUGUGGUUCCCUGUAACAAGGUUAGUAGCAAUWUAAUGUGGAUUCAACUUCUUAUUCCAAGAAUUGAGGAUGGAAACAACUUUGGYGUGUCUAUCCAAGAGGAAGCUCUCAGCGAAGUCCAAAGAAUAGAAGGAGAGGCUGCAUCAUACUUAGAUCAAAUUGCAAGAUAUUUUGUAACAAGAGGGAAAAUYGUGUCCAAAGUUGUUAAGUACCCACAUCUUGAAGAUUACAGACAUGCUGUACAAGAGCUUGAUGAGAAAGAGUUUAUCAGCUUAAGGCUUUGUUGCUGUGAGUUACGGAAUCACUAUCUUAUCCUUCAUGACACGAUAACAAAGAACAUGGAGAAAAUUAAGAAACCAAGAUCAAAUAAUGCUGAAACUCUAUAUUGAUGAACAGGGUGAGAUACAUCCUGUGGUCUCAUUAUUGAACCCUCCAAGCUACCAUGAACACACAUAUAACUGUACAUAUUUUACUUAGCUCAGGAUACCUUGAUAAUAAUAUAAUAAUAUUAUUUUAUGUAUAUGUGCUUAUUAAAGCCUCGCUUUUAGUCUUUCUCAUAUUAGAAUUGUUUAAUUGAUCUGGAAUCCAGUAUGGUCGGUCAACAAAGCAGGUACUAUUAUUAGGGGAAUGGGUUGAAAUUUUGAAGGAGAGUCGUAUGAAACAAGGCCUUAUUGAUAUUGAUGCAUAGGUUUUUAUCCUCUUUGAGAAGAGACAGCUAUACAGGAUGAUGUAAAACUGCAUCUUUCUUUGUGAACUAGGCCUGAAAAAACUCUCCAAUAGCACAGUAAUACUGCAAUGAUUUUACAACAAAAUUUGCCUUUAUAGAUAAUAUAUCAUAUAAACAGAAUAUUACAUAGUUGCUUGGUAUACAAGUACCGGUACGCUCACUUGUGAGAGAUCUUUUCAAUACUCAAAGAUAAAAUCUGUAUCUACAUGCGACCAUGUAAUGUCCUCUAUAUAAUAGCCAUUAUUAUUUUUUCUAAUGCAUUAUCUUUUUCUGGAUGAUUCUGUAGUUACUAGCCCUAAAAAGGGCUCAUAACUAUUUGACCAUCUACCUCAUUUCCCCUUCCAAAUUUUACCUUGCCUGCAGUAUAUGGAUGCUUAUCGUUCGAUCAGUCCAUAACAUACAAUAUCUUGAAGAUUUUAUUAUUCAAUAGUAUGGAGUUUUUGUUCAAAGUUUUCAAAUCGUAUUCAGUUGGUUUUAUUCAUAAUUACUCAUAGUGCUAUAUACUAUCAUUUUAAUGUAUUUAUGCUACCAAAAUGUUUGGUUUAGCAUAUUAUAUUUAUAAUGUAAUGUCUUAAUCAAUCUUUUUACUUAUGUAUUUUGAGGUCAGACAUAAAGAAACCUCACUUGUUCUACAAAAACAUUGAAAAUUCUUACUUCAGUGCAUGCUUUGUAGCCUAUUCAUUAGUAUUUUAUGGAAACAAUACAGGCAGCCUAACCCCAUGGGCAAUGGGCAUUGUAUUGGAWUUUYUUUCGCCGGUGACCAAUACAAGUCAUAUUGUAUAGAAAUAAGGCUCAAGGCACUAGUAAACCUCYACUKGUUAUUCGUCUGUGGUUAUUCAUCAGUGGUAUUCACCACACUUAGAUCUGAUGAUAGCUUUUAGUGUAAAAAUCAAAUAGGAAAUGUGCAGUGCAAAGCAUGGUAGAGAUACAUUUAGCCUUUGGGCUUUUUUUUCUUGUCUUCGCAAACGUGGAAGUAACGUUGUACUUUCAAUGCAGUGAAUCCUUACAGGGUUGCCAUUUUCUGUGAUAGAAAGACAACGUUUUAAAGCUAUUUUGUCAGACGUAAGAAAAACGCAAAGACAAACUUCCCAUCAUGCAUUGUUCUGCAAAAUGGCAUCACGUCUAUUGUCAACAGCAGUAAAACAAUGGAAUUGCACUCUAUAUUGCUAACUAUCUCACAGUACGCUGGAAACUGUUUACGAAACCUAUAUAUUUUAGUCUAGUAAAUGUACUUUAUUAGUCAAAAACAUGGACUGGUUCCAAAGCAACGACGACAAAAAUAUGCAKUUAGAUUAUACUUAUAUCAAUAAACAAUGACAAGUGAUUGA